AUGGACCGGUUGAAACCGGUUUUUUUACCGGUCUUUCAUUUUUUGCAAAAGUUAGGCAACUGCAACUGGACUUUCCUGGAUCUGAGGCAACUGGCAACUGAGGUCCGACACAUUGAUGUUAGAAAGUUCUACCUCGGCGACUAUAUUUUCCAACAGGGAAACUAUGGAGAAACUCAUCAAUUGAUUAGCCAGUCUCAGUAUAUUCCCACAUGUUGCUCUAUCUUAUCGCACCUUGAUGACCAGAUAUUAGAUGAUCUUUCAGAAUCUGAAGGAAUCAUAACAGAACCAGGUAGACUAUAUCACAUGCUUUUUUUGGUUUGCGAACACGUUAAGCAUAUUCAUGUAGAUGAUCUGGUCAAGUAUCUUGACCUCAAAGACUUCAUUGAUGACUUCAACACUCAGAACAAUGCGCAAAUCACCUUGGCAGGGGUCAUCAUGGUGAUUGAUGCCGGUUUCUUUGCUGUGCAAGGUGUCAGUACUGGAUUGGUCGCAGAGUCUAUGUUGAAGGGAUCUAUCAUUUUUUGUGUGGGCUGCCUGUUUGUGGGCAUGUUUGCGCAACACUUCAGCGAGAAAUUAAAAUCUUUGCAAUUUGCGCUGCUAAUGGGGAGAGGCAACUCUCUGCCAAUUUCAAACUCAGUGCAUGCCCUCGCUAAAGGGGUUUGUGGCUGA